AUCGGGUUUGUCGCCUGUGCAGACCGCGGUGACUUCAACACAACCUCGGCGCAAUCAGUUCGGUUCGCGCAAUGUUCGAAAUCGGAGUGAUAGCAGUGCGGUUCUUUGCCGGAGGACGGAUCUCCCUUAAGCUAGUGGUGGCGGUCCUGGCCGUGGUGUCCUCGUCAGCUGAUCCAGUGCAGGCGUUCUUCAAAUCGUUCGAAGAGCUGAGCGUACAUACGCUUCCCGAUACGGGUUCAUUGGACGAUUGUUCUCUACGACUGCAGAAAUUGGACGAUCGUCAAGCUUCAGCUUCUUCAACGGAACUUCCAACUUAUUCUAGAGAGUUUGCCCACUUGGCCGCUAUUGGAUGGAAACAGCCCAGCGGAGACGUUGAGUGGAGGUGUUCUGGAACAUUAAUCGCGGAAGAUUUUGUGCUGACGGCAGCCCAUUGCACACAAGAUGAAGAGGCAGAACCAUCGGCAGUUCGGUUCGGUGACCUAGAUCUCUACAGCCCCAGUGACGAUCGCUUUGCGCAGCAGCUGGACAUUAAGGAAAUCAUCCGUCAUCCAGAUUUCGAUUUCAACAGCGCCUAUCACGAUGUGGCACUGCUUAGACUUGCAAAACCGGUGACCGUGACUGAUUUUGUAACGCCGGCUUGUUUGUAUACGAACGACUCGUUCUCGUUUCCGAAGAUGUAUGCUACUGGAUGGGACUUCUAUUCGGAUGUCUCCCCACCAAUCUACAACAGUGCAUUGAAUCCAAUCGAUCAAGAUCGCUGCAAGUUUUGGUACCGCACCAACAAAGAAGCAUUCCGGAAAGGAAUCAAUCGCAUGCUGAUGUGCGCCGGUGAUGAAACACUGAAAACCUGUCCUGGAGAUACUGGUGGACCAUUACAGGUCCGGUUAUUGUCCAGUUCCAGGUACACGCCCUUUGUGCUAGGUGUUUCUGUUCUGGGCGUUCCAUGUGGGCAAACAACGCCUGGGGUUUACGCAAAGCUAGCUCAUUACAUUAAUUGGAUCGAAGAUGUAACCAAGAGAAACUACUUCGCCCAAGAGUGUGUCACGAGGCACAUCUCCAGACGCGAGUGGGAUGAAGCGCUUGUUCCCACUGCUGUUAAGAGCGCUUACAACCACCCACAACUAACGGGGAAAAAAGAAACUAUAUCGGUAGCUCCAACCAACGGGCAGUUACAGAUCUUCAAAGAAUUCAAGUGUGCCGUGGGGAAGGAUGCCGACAACAUUGAUUGGAUCUGUGGCUGUACGAUAGUGGCACAGGAUUUCGCACUGACAUCAGCACGUUGCGUGAAGAAUAUCGAAGUCGACAUCGUCAACUACAAAAACGACUGGAAGCACAUUGACGAGAUAAUCUUUCACCCGGAGUACGACAAAAAAACGCUUUACAACGAUCUGGCACUGAUACGGCUGAAGACCGAUAACAGAAAACGGUACGAUUGGAAAUCCGUUUCUUGUGUCGCCGGCAACGAAGAUCAAAGUCGGUUCCUUUCGUUCGGAAUCGGUCCGUACAACUUGAACGAUGACGGGACGAUGGAUAACAAUACCGAUGGGACCGAGCGCUACCUGACAGCUACUUUGGAACUGCUGGCGAGAGAAAACUGCACCGAAUUCUACAAGAAAUAUGGCAUUCUGAAGGAUGGCAUCAACGAAACACAGUUUUGCACCUGGUCCAAGGAUUUUCUCGUUCCGGGAGCGUGCGAACCGUGGAAUGGCAACGAAGUGCUGAACGAAAUGAGACCCGCGAGUGACACCAAUCCGUUCCCAGAGGAUUUGAUUGGUGUCGGUUCGUAUGCGCCGGACUGUGGAUUUGGACGGCCUUUAGUGGCAUCCAGGGCAAUUGCCUUCCGCGAAUGGAUGAAUUCGGUUAUCUACAAAACGAUUAAUGUCAACACCGUCCCCCAGGUGCUGAUGGAAAAGGAACUAGCACUGGACUAUAUCUGCGAGGCUUGGGAUCGUGAAGCUGGCGUUUGUGUCCAUAUUGACCACUGCAAUCAUCGGGCGCUGGUCGACGAAAUCAAAUUCUGCACCAACGAAACGGCACCAAUAGUAUGCUGUCCGGUUAAUUCAUUCAUUGCCACGGCUCACCUGCCGCUGCUGACCGAAUGUGAAACCAAUUAUCAGCGCUUCAGGAAGAAGCAUGUCGAUUUUGCUUCGCCCGAAGGGCAAGUCAUCGAAGAGGGCAACCAUCCGCACUCGGUUAUGAUCGGGUGGAAAGUCAAUCGGACCGGCACCAGCUGGAACUGCAUGGGCACGUUAAUUAACAAAAACACCGUUCUCACAACGGCCGGCUGCACCAAUAUGGUCAAAAGGCGCAGCCCGGAUGUCAUUAGUAUCGGUGAAAGCGACGUCAGUAGAAUCAACGACGGUGAGGCACAAAUUAUCCGAGUGAUGGAAACCAUUCGCUACCCGAGUUACAAUCCCAAAACCCACGACAACGACAUUGCCAUCCUCAAACUGGAUUCAAAUGUUGUUGUCAACGAGAACGCAAUUCCGGCCUGUUUGUGGCGUGAUUUAAAUCGAACGCCUUACUACGCACAGGAGGUUCAGUUCAACAAACAGUUUUUCACCGCCCGGGACAAGAACCUGGUGCACAACCGAGACUGCAAACAGUUCACCUCCCACACCGAGCUGACCAACGAUCAGAUGUGCUGGCAGGAGUUCAAGUUGCACCCGGAUGGAAGCGAGGCGGCGAACUGCGGUCAUAAGGGCGAUCCAUUCAUCUCGUUCCAGCGGACCAACAAUGUGUACCUGCCCUAUCUGGUGGGCCUGUACAGCUUCGGGGACAAGGAACGGUGCGCUUCCGGUGAGGCAGUGGUUGCCACCCGGAUCUCCUCCUACAUCAACUGGAUCAGUCUGUAUUUACAGUAAUAGACGUAGUGUGUGCGAGAUGACCAGCAUCAGCAUAAGAGUCUAACAGCGCGCCGUAGAGCUAUUUUGAUUAUGUAACAUAAACCCGAAAGACAUUUACCCGAAAACCGUUUAUCCGAAUGCGAAACUUACCCGAAUGCCAUUUACCGAAUGCCAUCUGGUAGGACCCGUUUGGUCGAAUAACGAACUAAAAAAAUAGCAGAUUACUACAACGCUGAUGUAUAGGACUUAAAAGUACGGUUAAAUGACUGAUCAACUAUAUCUCGCGUUCAAUAUCAUACAGUGGUCGAUCUACCGUGGUCGAUUCAUUUUCGAAGAUUUUCUCUUCGAACUAGUAAAUGAAAUCUAACCGAUUUUCGAAACGAAGGAGGAUAAAUGCUUUCUACUGAAUCAAACUCAGCAGAAUAAAAUCACUUG